GGCGGCAUGGGCAAGAUGGCGGCUGCAGCGGUUGUGCUCGGUUUGGGAAGCUGCGAUUUUUCUGACCUGCGAGAGAUCAAGAAGCAGCUUCUGAGCGUAGCGGAGCGGAGCCGCGAGCGGGGCCUGCAGCAUAGCGGGAAAUGGGCCUCCGAAUUGGCAUUUGCCCUGGAUCCUCUGCCUCUGAGCGAGCUGCCUGCAGUUCCUGCGCUCACAGAGAGACACCGAGGAUGUCGCAUCUUAUCCUUUCCUUUUCCUCCAUCAGAUGGUUUAACGAUUCCUCCCUCGCCAGCAACCUACAAUUGAGGAUGCUCGUGAUUUGGAUGCCUACACAUUAGCUAAAUCUUACUUCGAUCUGAAGGAGUAUGACAGGGCUGCAUACUUUCUGCGGGGAUGCAAGAGUCAGAAGGCCUACUUCUUGUAUAUGUAUUCCAGAUACCUGUCAGGAGAAAAGAAGAAAGAUGAUGAAACCGUUGAUAGUCUGGGCCCCUUGGAGAAAGGACAGGUGAAGAAUGAAGCACUAAGAGAGUUAAGGGUGGAGCUUAGCAAGAAACACAAAGCACAGGAGCUGGAUGGUUUUGGCCUUUAUCUGUAUGGUGUUGUGCUGCGGAAGCUGGACCUGGUAAAAGAGGCCAUUGAUGUGUUUGUUGAAGCUGUCCAUGUUUUGCCUUUGCACUGGGGAGCCUGGCUGGAACUCUGUAAUCUGAUCACAGACAAAGAGAUGCUGAAGGGUCUGUCCUUGCCAGACACGUGGAUGAAGGAGUUUUUCCUGGCACACAUUUACACAGAGUUGCAGCUGAUAGAAGAAGCUCUGCAGAAAUACCAGAGUCUCAUUGAUGCGGGUUUUUCCAAGAGCACAUACAUAAUUUCCCAGAUUGCAGUUGCCUACCAUAAUAUCAGAGCACUUCCUCUGUCUGCAGACAUAGACAAAGCUCUCUCUAUCUUCAAUGAACUAAGGAAACAAGACCCAUACAGGAUAGAAAACAUGGACACCUUCUCCAACCUGCUGUAUGUUCGGAGCAUGAAGCCUGAGCUGAGUUACCUGGCUCACAAUCUGUGUGAGAUUGACAAGUAUCGUGUGGAGACGUGCUGUGUGAUAGGGAAUUACUAUAGUCUGCGCUCUCAGCAUGAAAAAGCAGCACUCUAUUUCCAGAGAGCCUUGAAAUUGAACCCUCGGUAUCUUGGAGCCUGGACCCUCAUGGGACAUGAGUACAUGGAAAUGAAGAACACAUCUGCAGCUAUCCAAGCUUAUAGACAUGCAAUAGAGGUGAACAAGAGGGACUACAGAGCCUGGUAUGGACUUGGGCAAACUUAUGAGAUCCUCAAGAUGCCAUUUUACUGUCUGUAUUAUUACCGACGGGCCCACCAGCUCAGGCCCAACGAUUCCCGUAUGCUGGUUGCUCUGGGAGAGUGUUAUGAGAAACUCAAUCAGCUGGUAGAAGCUAAAAAGUGUUAUUGGAGAGCUUAUGCGGUGGGGGAUGUGGAGAAAAUGGCACUGGUGAAACUAGCCAAGCUGCAUGAACAGCUGAAUGAAUCAGAACAGGCUGCUCAGUGCUACAUCAAAUAUAUCCAGGAUAUCUAUUCCUGUGGGGAGAUAGUGGAGCACCUGGAGGUGAGCACUGCCUUCCGCUACCUAGCCCAAUAUUACUUCAAGUGUAAGCUCUGGGAUGAAGCCUCGGCCUGUGCUCAGAAAUGCUGUGCAUUCAAUGAUACAAGAGAAGAAGGGAAGGCCUUGCUGCGACAGAUUUUACAGCUACGCAACCAAGGAGAAACCUCCUCCACAGAGAUUGCUGCUCCCUUCUUCCUCCCUGCAUCGCUGUCAUCCAACAACACGCCCACACGGAGAGUGUCCCCACUCAACCUGUCUUCAGUUACUCCAUGAAUGGUGCUGAUACUUUCCUGGGCCAGUCUAGGGAAACUGGGGACUUGAACCCACCCUCCAGGAACAACCACCUCACACCUGCCAAGCUUCCUUCUGGUACUGCCUCCUCUUGGAGGCGGAAAUGCUGAGAACCCAGAGCCGACGAUAGCUGUUGUAUCAGUGCAGGCUAAGAGCCCUGAGGAACCAAUGUGAAGUGCCUGUGCCGAAAUAUCAGAAACCACUGUGCUUCUCACUGCCAUGCUCCGAGCAUGUGAGAAGCCGCUGCUCCCUUCCUGAGGUCUGCCUGAGCGGACAUGUCUCUACUGUUACCUCUGAACUUCUUUCAGGGGCCUCACAGUGGGACUGCUGCUGCCUACUGCAGGAACUGUCCUCUGCUGGCUUCUCUAUGGACUCUUUUCUGCAGCUGCACCCAAACUGUUCAGCCAGUACAGUAAGAGCAGCAUUUUGGCCUCACUGCUGUCGUGAAAGGGAAACGCGUUUGGGGAUUGAGAGGUGUCAGUGUUAAGUGGCCUCCCCUCUCCCCUGGGUGCUGUUAGGGCUGUGGCUCAGCUAGCGGUCUACUCUAGUGGGAGUGACACCAUUAAAUGUUGGUAGGCAUGUUGCUGUCCCUGGAGAUUGUCACGGCACAGAUUUCCUUCCUCUUAUAACAAACACAAUUGAACUCGCUAUAGAAAUGUUUCAGUUUUCCAUAAAUUCGUUAAGGAGGGGGGACUGGUAGCCAGUAGCUGCCUAGCUCAGAGUUGAUUAACCCUGGUCAGAGUCCUGUGUGGUAGUCCAAGUCCUUCAGUCAGGUGCAGCAUUUUGCCUAGGACAGACGUGGUAGUUAGAUUGGAUGGGAACAGUGUCAGUUUGACCAUUGACUUGCAGUCUGACUUCAGCAGUGGAUUGACUUGGCUGUUCAGUUUCAUUCUCCAAACUGAGUCUGUGGCACUACUGUUGCAGGUGCUUGGUUUGUCUCUCUAGUUGAAGUUUCUAUGCCCUUUCUAGAAAAGCAGUUAGAGGAAGGCGAGGUGCCAUCCUAGUAUGGCAUUCUGUUGGACAGAGCCUGGAGAAGACUGGUAGAACACAAACAGAUCUAGUUUUGUGGGAGCCACUUGCUCCUAGGCUGGAGCUGUAAAGAACAGUUGCCCUUCAGUAACUAGUUCUUCUGGAAACUGUCCAGGAAGAUCCCACUCUUGGUGCACAUGUGCCACACGCAAAGAAGAACAAUUCUUAUUCUACAGCAACUGGUUCAAAAUGUGUUGUCCAAAUGGCUUCUAGAGCUUGCCCCCUUUGCCCCUUUUUCAAAGUCCUACUCUCAGUUUUUUAGUAAUGUCCAAUGGAACUGCUCUCCGGGGUAGCUUAUGCUCCUCCAGCUUGAAGGCGUUAUGGAUGGAACUGCUCCGUCUGUUAUAUUAUGGAAACAAACGAGAGUAGGACUUUGAAAAAGGGGCAAAGGGGGCAGGCUCUAGAAGCCAUUUGGACAACACAUUUUGAACCAGUUGCUGUAGAACAGGAAUUGUUCUUCUUUGCGUGAUUUUUUUUUUCCAGACUUCACAGUUGCUGACUAACAAGCAGGUGUCUGUUCCUAGGGGUGUCUGAGGAGUCCUGCUUGACUAGAGAGGGCAGAACAGCCCUUCCAAAACGAGCAUGUAGGCAGGAACAGUCAGUGGUAAAUGUGUGGCUCAUUUUUGCACUGCUGCACUGUAUGUUAGGUAUGGAGGGAUUUCCAGGCAGGCAGCAAAGGGUGCCUGAGCCCUAGUGGAAUGUGUUCUGUAAUGGCUGGGGCAGUGUGUGGCUAACUCAAGACGUGUUCUUCUGCACCCAAACGCUUACUUGGAUAACCUGUGACCACACAGAAUGAUGGUCUAGGCUGCCUGGGCGUGUUCCCAAAUGCUCUUCUGACUACACGGAAUGCUUUUGCUGUGACGAGUGUGAAACUUCUCUUCCCCUGGGACAGAAUGCGGGUUAGGGGAACAAAGAGGAGGCGAAUGGGCCAUUUUGGGGGGAACUCGGCAAGAACCUUCAACAGGAACUUAGGACAGGACCACUCUUAGACUGCCCUUUGAAACUUUAUAUCUGGUGUAAGGGCCUAAAUCUCUGCUACCGCCUACUGUUAUAAUGACAACACAUGACUGGGGGGCUAAACCUGGGGCUGAGGCACCUAACUCCUUUUAUGCCUCCAGGCCUCAGAGUUUGCACUAACACAGAGUGAAGGGAGCAGGCUCCUAAUGCUCCGGGUACUAAGAUCCCAGAAAGGACCAGGGGGCCUCUCAAACUGGGGAAAAACAUGAGAGUUGGUCAGGAAUUUUGUUACUUGUAGGAAGGGGAAAAUGCAGCGUGGCCCUUGGUAUGAGGGUGACUUGCUGAUGUUGCUGGUAGGUGGGCUCGUUAAAGGUGGUGGAAAGUCCCAGUUGCUUCAGAGCUGCCAACUAGUACAGUAGUGAGGAAUGUGUAGCUAUUGGGAGAAAACUGACGCUAAAAUGCCCAGAUUGCAAACAUGUUUGGUGUAGCACUGGUUGAAGGCUUCCUGCUCUGGAGUAGAAUGUUCUGAACAUCAGUUUAAAAGCAUCAUUUGUAGAACACCAUUUAGACCAGGAAUGGGGGGUGGGUUGCAUGAGAGCCCCUUCUUCACCUCUGGGCCACAGCAGCCCAUGGCUCCCUGGGGUUCCACCUGCAGUCUCAUAGCCCAUCCCCUUCCUCCCCCCCGCCUGCUCCCCUCCUCCACACACACCAAGGCGCCAGAGCCUUGCACUUACCUGCGCCUAUGCCCACCUCAGCACUUUCGGAGCCUACAAGUCACCUGAUUCGUGCUCCCUCCUGGAAUGCUUCAAACAGCUGAUUCCCGAUGUUCCAGCUCUGGGAGGGAAGGGUAGGAGUGGGACAGAGCUGCUCCUCUGAAAGUGUUGGGAGGGAAGAGCAGGAAGUGCUCUAGUGCCCUGGUACAUGAGGCACAUUGGGGAGGGGGAUAGCCAGGGGCUCCACAGGUUGCCCACCACUGAUCUAGACAGUCUGAAUGCUGUCACAUGUAAAGAUUCUGGGUCCGAAUGCAGUUUCUGAGAACUGAAUUGGGAAACAGUUGGGAAAAAGAGAGGUGAUUUAUGGUAGUUUAUCUGGUAAACCUAUAACAAACUCCCUGGACAUGCUGGAGCUGUCAAGACAAUGUAACCUGCUUCUUACCUUGGGUCCCUCACAACCUUCACUUUCACAUGGAUUGCUGGAAAUGGGUAUAUAAAUCCUGUUGUCCAAGGAAGGAGGAAGUCCUCUGUCAGGGAGUGUGGGUUUGUGCUGUGUAUACCCUAGUCUGAGGCUACUUGUGGCUUUCACUAAAGUCCUUGCUGACAUAAUCUGCUCAGGUGUUCAGAAGCCCAAGAAGGUGCCAAACUACUGCUGUGAUAUGGUGCGAAUGCUGGAACACUCCCACAGAUGGGGCUUCUUUACACCCCUAAGAACAGGCAAGAAAAACCAUGCAUGCCAGGCAUUGCACUAAAACGUUUGUGCAAGCAAGCUUGCUAAGGGGACUAUAAGCCAGUUGAGACUCCUCCAUCUCUGAAUGGAGGUAUGUUACCAGUCUUUGUAGGUAGUGGUGUGGAAAGGGAAAUUGCUAUGAACAGCCGAAGGGGUUCUGUCUGCCACUGUAAGGAGUGUACGUCUUGUGGGACUGACCGUAGCCAUGCAGUGCCUGCUGGAUAGACAGACCUAUCUCAACACCUCCUCUGAUUCAUGCAUGGAAGUCUGGCAUACGGUGUGACAACAGGCAUGAGUUCAUGUGUCCUAGAAGUCAAAUGGCACUCUUGGAUGUGUUUGUUGUCUGGAAUCUCUGCUGUGGAAGGUAGAGUUUGACAGUGCAACUAUGAACUCUGUGUUGUGAUUUGGGAAUUGUGAAUUUCUUGGCUUUGAAAUGUAACAAGGGAAAGUAUUAGGAUGCUGUACGCUUCACUGGUCACGUGUUGAGCUACUCUUUGGAUUAGCAGGUCAGCAAGAGAGAACUAAGGCAUAUCUUUUUCUCCUUAAAGGAGCUGCUUCUUGCUGAUAGACACUGAUGAAAACCCUUGGGGCUCUAGCAAGGGCAAAGGCUCAAACUCUGCUGGCAGUGGGUAACAAGUAUUUGUUGUGGCUGCUUCCUGUUAGGAGUUGAGACAGAAUUGCCUUAGAAUUCUUGGAGGAUAUUAACAGUUGGGAGCACAGAAUUGCUCUGAGUCAUUGUCCCACUGUUGCAGAGGCUAUCUCUUGAAUACAAGGGUGGGGGCCUUUUUUGGGUUGGGGGCCACUGACCCACAGAAAAAUCAGUGAGAAGCAAAAACAAAAAAACCACUUCCCUGAUGUGGCUAUCUAAGUGAGAAAGCAGCCACUGCACUCAACCAACUAGGACAUCUUGUGCUCCAGUCCUCUGGGAGUGGAGAUUGGGCUGAGGCUCAGGGCUUCCCACCAGGGCUGGAUUAGCUCUUCUGGGGGCCCAGGGCUAGAUGAUCCUGUGACCCCCUAGGCUCUGGGGUAGGACAAAAAAUGAAGGGUUCAGUGUCUGGUGGGAAUGGGCUGGGAAAUCUGGGUGGGAGGGGGCAGGGGAUUGGAGUGUUUAUCUGGUGUAGCUCCUGGGAGGCACAGGUGGCUCCACACAGCAGUUUAAAAACCCACAGGCCUCUGUGCUGCCAUUCCCCCUGCCUGGGCUUCAGCACCCAUUCUCAUGCAGAGGAGGUUGGGGCAACGGGAGAGAAGGACCUGACUCUUGUGGGCUGGAUCAAGGGAAGCUGCUGGCCCUCUCUGCUCUAAUGGGUUCUCCUUAAUUGCGCCUCAUUUGGCGGGACAGAGGACUGAAGCCUUAGUGCUUCUGCCCAUUUCAGUAGCCCUGGUAUGCCCUGCUGUCAUGUGUUGAUAGCUUAGCAAGCAUCUCUGCCAGCUGCAGUUUCAGUUCCUCAGGUAACUGAUCAACAAAAUUAGAGAAUGUGGCUACGUCUACAUUGGCCAGAUUUUGUGCAAAAACAGCUGCUUUUGUACAAAAUCUUGCCACCUCUCUACAUUGGCCCCGAGUACUUGCGAAAGAACACUGGCGUUCUAAUGUGUGAAAUCAGGGCUUCUUGCGCAAAUACUCGUGACGCUCCCGCUCAGGGAUAAGCCCUCUUGUGCAACUGUUCUUGCACA